CAACCAUGUUGCGUCCUUUGAUGCUUUCAAGACUCUUUAAAUGUCCCUGAGACCCCUCCUAUCAUGUCUUCUUUAUCUUUUCAUGGCAAAAAAUGGUUUGCCGGCUGUUAUCUCGUCGACCGCUGUUAUGUAACGGCUUGACUCGAUAACUGGGGGAGUCGCCCAUAUGUUGCAGACCGCGAUCGUGCCUUCGUGGCUACCUCCCUGACCUUCUCAAUGAUCGCCCCACUGAAUAAAGACUCGCGAGUGCUGAUCGUUGGCGGUGGCGGUACCUUUGGCUCCUCGACUGCGCUUCAUCUUGCCCGGCGAGGCUACACGAACAUCACGGCCAUCGACGUUCACCCAUGCCCUUCUGAAUGGAGUGCCGGCUGCGAUUUGAACAAGAUUAUAAGGACCGAGUACUCUGACGAGCUCUAUGCCAGGCUUGCGGCCCAAGCCAUUGAAGCCUGGAAGUCAGACGACAUCUUCAGCCCACACUUUCACCAGACCGGUUGGGUCAUCGCAGCAUCGGACGCCAACAGCCGUACGGCCGACGAGCUGAUCAGGAAGGCAUACGAGGUUCUGAAGCGAACGGACCUGGCAGACAAGAUCGAGCUUCUCGAGACCCCCGAGGCGAUCCUCAAACGUGCGCCGCACCUUCAGCCAGCAGCCAAGAACAUCCAAGACUGGUACGGUUUGUGGAACGCUAACAAUGGAUGGGCCAUGGCCCGGGAUGCGGUUGCUGCUGCUGGUAAGCAGGCGGAUCUGAUGGGGGUGAAGUUCAUCAGCGGUGACAAGGGGACGAUGGUCAGUCUGGUGAAGGAUGAGAAUGGGGUAGUCAAGGGUGUGCUUUGCAAAGAUGGGACGGUGCACGAAGCAGACAGAGUCAUCUUAUGCACUGGCGCAUGGAGUCCCUCCUUGGUGGAUUUGAAGGACCAGUGUCUUUCAAAGUGCUGGACUGUUGGUCAUAUCCAGCUCACCCCGGAAGAGGCAGCACCUCUUCGCGGUGCUCCCGUCGUGGAUCACUCCGACCUUGGUUUCUUCUUCGAGCCCUCGGCCGACAACAAGAUCAAAUUGUGCAACGCCACCCCCGGAUACACACACUUCCAGCGCCUGCCAUCCUUCUCCGAGAAAAUUUCUGUUCCCUCACCUGUAAAAAACGCGAUCCCGAAGGAGGCGCACGAUGCGCUGCGCGUCUUCGUGGACACUGUUCUCCCGCAGUUUUCCGAUCGCCCCUUGAUAGACGAAUUUGUUUGCUGGUGCACAGACCACAAAGACGGCGGUUGGCUUAUCGGCGAAAUCCCUGGCACAGAGGGCUUGCUAUUGGCCACUGGGGACUCAGGAAUGGCAUUCAAAUUCCUGCCUACCAUCGGAGCGCAUAUCGCAGACGCUCUCGAGGGAACACUCGACGAGAAGCGUAAGAAUGCCUGGCGCUGGAGGCCAGAGAUCCAAGGUCACGAGGACGAGUCGCGCCCCGAAGGAGAGGUCAAGGACCUUGUUGGUCUGGACGGGUGGCCAGAGGCUAAGUCUUGAUGAUGACAAUGUAUACCACCUGUAUUCUUUAUUCUCCAAAUUAACGCCCGCCGACUGUGUGGCGAAUGCUGAUACACCC